GAAAGAAAGAAAAACAGAAGAGCUUCUAAUAAGAAGAAAAAGAAGAGGACGACGACGACGACGACGACGUUCACGAACCCUAAAAUUCCAGGGAAGACGAUUAUUACUCGGAUCAAAUCAAAGAUAUCAGGAGAGAGAGAGAGAGAUUCAAUGAAGCUCCUUUAUAAGUACCAAAAGCGAUCAGGUGUCUCGUCUAGAUCUGCUCGAGAAGGAGAAGAACGAGCUGUUAUCAGCGGAGAAGAAGAUAGGAUAAGCGUAUUGCCUGACCCGUUGUUAUGUCACAUACUUAGCUUUCUCACCACUGAGCAAGCGGUUUGGACAAGCGUUUUGUCCUCUAGAUGGAGAUACCUCUGGAAAUGGGUUCCUAGGUUAGAACUAGACAGCUUUGAUUUCACUAACGACAAGGUCUGUGUUGAUUUCAUCGACAAGUUUCUUGCUUUCCAAGGCAAGUCCUACUUGCGUGAGUUCAAGUUAACCAUUGACCAUGAUGUCUCCAACAGUAAUCUUUCUCUUUACGGGCCGUGUCUCGGUAGAGUGGUUGAUAUGCGGAAGCUUGAACGUUUCCAAGUCGAGAAUGAGUUUGAACAUGGUGGCAUUGUUUACAUCCGGUUUACUCUUUCUGCGUCUGAGGCAUUGGUCUCCUUAAAGCUCCAUUCCGUUUGGUUGAAUGGUUUUAAGUCUCUUUCCUUUCCCUCUCUCAAGAUCAUGUUCCUGGAAGACGUUGGUCUUCCUAGCGAUGCGGCUGCAGAGGAGUUGAUCUCCUGCUCUCCUGUUCUACAAGUUUUGAAAAUAUGCCUUUGUAAAUAUGAUUCUGUGGUAGCUUUACGUGUCUGCUCACUGUCGUUAAAGAGCUUCACUUUGAAACGAAUGGAGCCUCGUUAUUCUCGUGGACAUUCUGUGUUGAUUGAUGCCCCGAAGCUCGGGUGUCUGAGUCUCACGGAUUACUACCAUUUCAGCAGCUUUGAGAUAACCAGUGUGGCUGACUCUUUCAAGGUUGAUAUCGAUGUCGAGUUUGAGCUAAUGAGUGAUUACUUGAUGGAAAUGAAGAUCAUCUACAAUCUUCUCAAGAAUUUUUCAGGUGUUACAAAAAUGACCAUAUCUUGGAAAACUCUGGAGUUUAUAUAUAGUUUCCAUCAGACGAACCCAGUCCCCAAAUUUCAUGACUUGACUUGUUUGCGUGCCAUUAUGUGUUUAAACGCAUCCCCUAAACUAUUGCCAAUCGUUCUUGAGAGCUGCCCCAAUCUGAAACACUUGACAUUGGUAAAAAAUUGGCUAAAACUUUUCAAGUUCUGAGAUCAGUAAAGUAUUUAUCGGCAAAGAGUGAGUAGAGAUGAUUUUGUGGUCGCGUUACGUGUCUGCUCACCGUCGCUAAAGAGCUUCACUCUAAAACGAGUGAAGCCUGCUUAUUAUGCCCCUGGACAUUCUUCAGUAUUGAUUGAUGCACCGAAACUUGAGUGUCUGAGUCUCUUGGAUUUCUACCAGUUCAGAAGCUUUGAGAUAGCCAGUAUGGCAGCUGACUCUGUCAAGGUUGAUAUUGAUGUCGAGUUUGAGCUGAUGACUGAUUACUUGUCGGAACUGAAGAUCAUCUACAAUCUUGUCAAGAGUUUUUUAGGUGCUGAAGAUAUGACCAGAUCAUGGAGAACACUGCUGUUUAUACAUAGUUCCCCUCUGACGAACUUUCUCCCCAAAUUUCAUGGCUUGACUCGUUUGCGUGCCACUAUGUGCUUAAAUGCAUCCCCUGAACUAUUGCCAAUCGUUCUUGAGAGCUGUCCCAAUGUGAAACACUUUGACAUUGAAGUGAUAGCUAGACUCUCCACUGUGCUGUCUCGUUGUUUGGUGUCGUCUCUUGAAUCUGUUGAAAUGGAAUGCCCGGUCACGGAGAUAGCUACUGAACUGGAUUUGGCUAGAUACUUUAUGAAGAAUUCUACAACACUCAAGAAGCUCGUACUACGUUUGAAUCAGUCUUCUACUGGAGAGAAACACAGGCCUGGUGUCUUGGACCAACUCAUUGAAUCUCCAAGACUCUCUAGUUUGUGUCAGUUCGAAGUUAUUCCAGUGGUUCCAAUCUCAGAAUCAUUUGUGUGAGGUACUACUGGUAUGGCUUAAGACUCCAUUUGGUUUGGUUGAAUGAUUUUGAGUAUCUCUUAUAUCAUGCACUGGUUUGAUUAUAGGCUCUUUGAUAUGUUAUCACUACCAAGACUCUGCACUUAGAACAUGAUAUCAGUGCUAUUACUUUUAACGCUAAUAUCAUGCUCUGGUUUGAUUAAUGACAUAGAAUCUAUGCGUCCGUUUUACGUCAC